UUUUUUUACUUUUCUUUUUGACUACAAGUAUUCAGUAAUCAGAGUUUUACAGAACGAAAACGACGUAAGCUGUAGUCAGAGUUUCAGACUAUGCAAUGGUAUUGUCGCAAUUUAUUUGAACUAUGGUGGUAUUUGGAUACAUGUAAGCUUUAUAAGCCCAAGAGCUCACGCCGUCUAGCUCCACCGCAUUCACCACCCCGAUCCAUGGCUCCAUUGUUUCACAUGGAAGCUCUGCUUCCGAGCUCGAUCUCUCCCAAGCUCAAUUCCAUUCUCCACUCCCACAUCUACCCGCAGGUCGGCCAUGUCUUCCGUGCCCUCGCCAAGUUCAAGUCGCUGCUCCUCGACGUCGUCCGCAAGAAGAGGGCGCCGACGAGAGGCGGCGGCGGCAAGAAGUACGCCAUCGGCUACCGCUCGAGACCGGAGAAGAGCAAGAAGAGGAUCGCCAGCUUCAUGAAGCUGCUGCGCUUCAACUGGGCCGCCGCCGCCGCCGUCACGCCGGCUCGCGCCAAGGAUCUCGAGCUGCACUACCACCCGUACUACUACGACUACGACGACUCGACGUGGAACGUGGUGGUUCCGGCCGACGGCGCGGCGGAGGAGCUGCGCGGCGGCGGCGGCGACGACGGGGAGGACUGCGGGUACCUGUGCUGGCUGGAGGAGGAGACGUCGGCCGGUGCAUUGCCGGCUGCCGGAGAAGGAGAAGACGGCGGCAACGGCAACGGCGACGGCGACGGCAAUGGUGCGGUGAACGAGAUCGACAGGCUCGCGGAGAGGUUCAUCGCGAGGUGCCAUGCCAAGUUCUUGCUGGAGAAGCAGGAGUCGUACCGGAGGUACCAGGAGAUGAUGGCCAGGAGCAUGUGAGUUCCUUUGUCCAUGGAGGAUUCACUGCACAGCUUGGUUUUGUGAAAUAACUCUCUGUAACUUCUGAAUUUGAUCGACGACAUUAUGCAAGUACAAAUGCAGUGUUAGCAGUGGGCAAGUUCAUGUUGCAGCCUGUGCCCUGAAUUGAAUUUAGAGGGUUGCUUUUCGAUCUGGAAGGCAUACUUGCGUUAAUGGUGGGGUAAUGUAAAACUCGAGUUAGGAUAGCCCAAGAAUUUCUGUCCCGAAAAGGCAACAAUUAUCAAUCAGAUUGUAAGUAGUUUGUUACCAUCGCAAUUCACAAGCAGUGAAUUGUUUUUUUUUUCAAGAAAUCAAGCAGUGAAGUGGUCAAGACAAUG